GCAACUUUUUCUCUUUGACCAACUAUCCCUUUAUGACGGACACUGUCUUCCUCAAUAGAAAAUGCGGUUCCAAGCAACUCCGGCGAAGUAGAAAGGCAACUGCCCGUCGGCGAAGAUGACCGGCACGGCGCUAUCAGCUCUCGGCGCACCUUUCAGUGAAAACGCCGGCGGCGUCGGAAACUCAUCGAAUGAUUCGUAUCUGAACUCUUUCCGCAUCUCUGCCGCCGCAGGUCGAUUAGCUCUGCAUGUUUCCCCGCAAGAAAUAAACAACGUCGUAGAGUUCUGCCAGCUCUGCCUUGCCCUAGCCAGAGGCAUUGACCGUGCUCUUUCUAGCCAUGAUAUUCCCAACAAAGCUUUUGAGUUACCUUCAUUGUUUAAGCAGGUGGAAAAAUAAGGAAAUAAUUCUAAGAGAGACUCGUGCUCUAAAAAUCCCUACCUAGCUCUGCCCGUGCUUAGGUAGGCCUCACUUAGCUGCCUACAAUUUAUUCCU